GAGGAGGCUGAAUCCCCUCCCGCUGUCAUCCUCCUGCCUCUGCAGCUUUAUUCCUACAGCCUUCAAUGGUGACGGACUCCCUCCCACCCGGGCUGCCAGCCGGAGCCACAAGGCCUCGCUAGGAGCGGAUCCCUGCGGCUCCAUGGCAUCUCCCAGGACCAUCACCAUCGUCGCCCUCUCGGUGGCCCUGGGGCUCUUCUUCGUCUUUAUGGGGACGAUCAAGCUGACGCCCCGGCUCAGCAGGGAUGCCUACAAUGAGAUGAAACGAGCAUACAAAAGCUACGUGCGGGCCCUGCCCAUGCUCAAGAAGAUGGGAGUCAGCUCCAUCCUGCUCCGCAAGAGCAUUGGCGCCCUGGAAGUGGCGUGCGGCAUUGUCAUGACACUGGUGCCCGGUCGCCCCAAGGACGUGGCCAACUUCCUGCUCCUCCUCCUGGUGCUGGCCGUGCUCUUCUUCCACCAGCUGGUGGGUGACCCUCUGAAGCGCUAUGCCCACGCCCUGGUGUUUGGGAUCCUGCUCACCUGCCGCCUGCUGAUCGCCCGGCAGCCCGAGGAGCUGCCGCCCGACAAGAGGAUGCUGUCGGUGAACGGCGAUGAGCAGCCACUCAUCCAUGAAGCAGCUCCCGAGAAAGGCAAAGUGAAGGUAUCCUAGCUGAGUGCAUGUGAGGAAACACGGACCCUCGAGGCAGCUCUCUCCAAAAUCACCCAGAAAAUUUGGUUUUUAUUUACCUACUUGCCUUUUUUUUUUUUUUUUUUUUUUUUUUUUGUCUGUCUAAAUAAAGUUGCGCUUGGGGUCUGAGAGAUACAAGGUAUGUCUACACUGUAGUCUUGCUUUUGCUGCUGCCCUGUAAUGUAGAAAAACACAAGCUAGCUUCCACAGGGACAGCUUGGAGGCAGUCAGCAAUCCGGCUGGAGCAGUGCUGGCCUCAGCAGGAGCUGCAAACCAGCCUGAGACCCUUCAUCUGGGCAGGCACUCAGGCCACCCUGGCACUGCUGCAGUGGGCAGAUGGCCCUGAGCAGCAGCAGAGCUGGCCUGGUGCUGCUGCUGCCUGGAGCAGAGGGUGGGCAGGCCAUGAGCAGUGUCCCUGUGUUGCCCCACACACACAUCUGCACUUCCCUUUCCAUGGUUAAGGGGUAAAAGGGACCCUGUUACCAAAAAAGUGCUGUUUGCUGUGUUGGAGAGAGGGGUUCCUUGGGCUUUGCUUCCUCUGUGCCCAGUCCUUUCUAUGGAAUGCUUAUCCAGAGAAAACAUGGGAUGCUCUGUUUACAUCUUCUUUGAUUUCCGUGCAGAGGCUCCAAAACUGGGACAAUGGCCUGAUAACAGUAAGGUUUUUUUUGCCUGCUUCACACAAGGCAGUGGCAUCUCUUUACUCUUCUUGGCAGAGAAGAUGGGAUGGGGAGGAGAACUGCCCAAAGAACUCCAAAGUAUCUCUCUGAUGUUGGCAAGCAGCAUUGUGCUCCCCAGUUCCCUGCAAGUUCCUUUUUUCCUCCCCCCCACAGCUACUGUGACUUUAUAGAAUUGCUGUUUAUUUCUGAUAGAUGAGGGUCUGAACAAUUGCAGUACCUCACUGCUCAUCCCACAUACAGCCUCAGUGAGCUGGGAUAAGUCCUGUUAGCAGAGCCUGAACCCCCGUGAUGUAUCUGAAAUCUUAGAGUGUCAUAAGGAGCAUGUGUUACCUCUGAAAUUUGUCUGGUUUUCUUAAUGUUUGUCUGUUUUCAGUUUUUCUUUCUUUCUUUUUUUUUUUUUUUAAUUAGUCACAAAAAUAAACUUUUUGAAAUUUGGAGAAAAAUGUCUUUACAGAAACAAAUUUUUUAUUUGAGAGACGUGUCUGAAAACAUUUCCCUCUGGUCAAAAACUCCACCUAAAAUGGGCAGAAUCAUGUCAGGCAAUUUGAGACACAAUGUGAUGCAGAGUGGAAGUCAGAGAAAUUCUAUUUGGUUUUAUAUUAAUAACCACAGAUAAUUAAAAGAGACAUUUGGGUAUUUUACCGAAACAAUCUCAAAUAAAGUUCUGCUACAGUUCAGUGCAGCAGUGAGAAAAGGCAACUCCAGUAAACUGUCAGCAUUGUAUCUCUAUAAAAAUUGAUGAUGAACGUUCAUACAGUUUUCUCCUGAAUUUUGCUGCUAAAACAGAUGCAGCCCUAUAUGUGUGUGUGUUUGUGUGUAUAUAUAUAUAUAUAUAUAUAUGUGGCUGCAUCUGCUUUAACAGCAAAAUAUACAUAUAUAUAUGCUGGAAAAGCUGCCUCCCAGAGCUCCAGAUGGACUAAAUCUCUUUUAUCAGAUGUGUACCCUGAGCAAAGGAACCAGCAGGUUCUUUUCACCUGCUUCUCAUCUUCACAGACUAUCUCAAGUUCAUCCAAAAUAUAUACGCAGAAUUUCCUUUACUUCCCAAAAGAUGCUUUAACUACUAUGCCCUGACAGGUUAUUAAUUGUGUUUUAAUUCAAAACCAAAUAAAAAUACCACCAAUUCAAAGCCACACCAUGCUAUGCAUUCCCAGGAAACACGACUGAGCUGCUACAGCCCUUUCACCUGGGCAUCCAGUCCAGGAAACCUUUGGGAACAAUUGCUGUGUUUAUCUUUUGUAACAUUCCUCACUGGAGCUUGUAGAGAUGAUAAUAAUAAAGCAUCCCAUGGAACAAAGCC